AUGGAUUACGAACCCUACGACAGUAGUGGAACUGAUGAUGAUCUUCCGCCAACCCAUCAAAAUAGAAUUCCCAGGGGAGGACGUCUUGCCGGGAAUGGAAGAUCUGCCGUUGGUUCAAUUCCAUACCCCAGGGUGUAUGGUGAAAUUGAUAUGGAAACCCAAAUUCAUCAACUUGAGCAGGAAGCAUACAGUUCAGUUCUGAGAGCCUUUAAAGCUCAAGCUGAUGCCAUUACUUGGGAGAAAGAAAGUUUGAUUACAGAGCUUAGAAAAGAGCUGAGAUUAUCGAAUGAGGAGCACAGAGAACUCUUAGGUCGGGUUAAUGCGGAUGAAACAAUACGGAGGAUAAGGGAAUGGAGACAGACAGGUGGGCAUCAGUCUGGCGUAAUGAAUACUGGCCAAGCUCUACAUGAUUCAAUUCCCAGUCCGUCGGUUUCUGCAUCUCGCAAAAAGCAGAAGAUUACACCACCUGUACCACCACGUUCUUUUGGCGGGCCUUCUCCCCCAUUUCACCCCCAAACAGUGACUGCAUCUCAUCAGCCAUCUUCUUCUGCAGCAAAACGAGGAUCUGUUCCUGGAUCUAAGGGAAAGAAGCAAAAAUCUGGUCCGAUAUUACCUGGUGUAUCUUCAAAGCAGUUUCCUCCUUCGGGACCAGGUGGAAGGAAUCAAGUACAAAAUCAAGUACCUAAUAGAGCUGUCAUGGGUGAACAUGCCGAGGGUGGAUCAAUUGGUCCUAUGAUCGGUAGGAGAGUGAGGACUAGAUGGCCUGACGACAAUAACUUCUAUGAAGCUGUUAUCUCUGACUACAAUCCAAUUGAUGGCCGGCAUAAUCUGGUCUAUGACAUGGGGAGUACAGAUGAAACAUGGGAAUGGGUUAAACUAUCAGAGAUAUCACCUGAAGAUAUUCAGUGGGUACCGGAGGAUCCUGGAAUUAAUCAUCGUGGGGGUUUUGCGGGCUCUGGUCAUGGGAUGAAUAGGUCCGUUGGACGUGAUAGUGUUCCAGGAGUUGGAAGAGGUAGAGGGGUCCCGAAAGGUCAAUCUAGAAAAGAUUUUUUGCCAUCACAGAAUGGCGUAGGAAAGAAAGCACCUGAUGAUAUUCAGAUUCUUCACACAGACACCUUAAUACAGGAGGUGGAGAGGGUAUUUAGUGCAAAUCAUCCCGAUCCUCUUGAAAUUGAGAAAGCAAAGAAAGUAUUGAGGGAGCAUGAGCAGUCUCUUGUUGAUGCGCUUGCAAGACUUGCCGAGCUUUCUGAUGGUGAAAGUGACGGGGCGGGUCACCAUUUCCCACAGCGUCGAUCAAUGGAUCGAGAAUGA